AUGAACUUUUGGAAGCCGUCACUCGAGUUUUGCUUGCGGUUGGUGCAGCUAAUCGCUCUCGCCAAGUCCAGCAAUGCACAAAUUAUCCUACCGCAAAGGAUUCCAUCUUCAACCAACGCCAUGGCAUACAAUCAGGAGGGAAUAGAGCCCAGUCUUGACUACACUAUCACGCCAGUGUUCCAAGGUGAUGGUGUAGCGGAGGCUUUCCACGUUCAAGUGACUCUUUGGCCGGCUUUGGAGGCCCAUGACAUCUUGCUCAGCACGCCCAUCGAGAUCACCAAGGUCGACGUUGGUCACUUUGAAAACAACCAGGUGGUUGCAACAGACGACGAUCGGCCAUUGGAACUUGUUCGUGAAAUUGAAAACUACGGCCCGCCAAUUGUCAACCAGAAAUGGCGCGUGACCCGACCAACGAAAGGACCUGUCACUGCCACGUACAAGGCAUUGCCUCGUCAAAUCAAUGAUUCAACCAAAAACGCCCCGUCAUUCGACCUACGACAGAACUUUGGCGGGAUUUUGGGGUCAGGAUUAGGAUUCCUUGCCGCACCGCCUCCCGGGACUCAGUUGUACAACACAACUAUCAGAUGGAACUUGUCUGACUCUCCACCCGGAACUCGCGCAAUCUGGACAUGGGGCGAAGGGUCAGCACCCAUCACCAAGAGACUAGAUGUCAUGGACCUUGAAUCCACAUAUUUCAUGGUUGGAAAUGUCCACUCCUUUACAAAAGGCGAAUUCGGCGUCUACUGGCUUGGUUCUCCGCCCUUCAACACCACCGAGAUUGCUUCCAAAUUGCUCCAAAUGUUCCAUCGAAUGUCCACCAUCUUCAAGGACAAUGAACCAACCUAUCGAGUUUUCAUCCGACAUAAUCCAUUCAGAGGCAGCAUGGCAGGUACUGCUCUUAAGCGGUCUUUCAUGUUCAGCUACGACAAUCACGAUUUUGCCCAUCCACGCUCAUUUGAAGACUAUGUGCUCUUUUUGACUCACGAGUGUGUGCACAACUGGGUAGCUUUGGAUGAAGCUGUCUGGGAUAAUUGGUACACAGAGGGGAUGACAGAGUACUACUCUCUUUUCUUAUCCCAUCGUGCAGAUUUCUUGACCGACGAAAACCUCCGUCGCGAGAUUAACAAACGCCUAACGAUGUAUUAUACGAACCCGUUGGUGAAGCUGUCAAAUAAAGAGGCAUCCAAGUUGACAUGGAAAAUUUCGGACGCGCAACGGUUGCCAUAUGGUCGAGGAUUGACAUUUGCCUUGCAAGUCAAUGCACUCAUUCAAAAUGCUACGGGACGGGAAAAUUCUCUCGACGAUCUAGUUCUCUCUAUUUUGGAACUGGAUCGAGCUAAGCAGCCGUACGGAGUGCCUGAAUACUUGCGCGAGCUUGGCUCCUUGCUUGGGAGUGAAACGCAAGCGCAAGCCUUGUAUGACCAAAUGUCUUCUGGUACUCUCGUUGUUCCACCACCAGACAGUCUCGCCAUGUUUGGUUUCAAGCUUGUCCGGGAGGAUGCACCGCUAUGGGAACUUGGAUUUGACGAGUAUCAAGCGCUCCAAGGUGAACGGAUCAUCACCGGGCUUGUACCAGGCAGUGCUGCAGAAAAGUCUGGCCUGGUCAACGGGGAUAGAAUUCUCAAUGAGAUUGUGCUUGAUGACGUCAGGUGCGAUGUCGAAGGUGUUUUGAAGUUGGAAAUUCAACGAAAGGGGAGUGAGAUUUUGCAUUUUGCAUAUGUCCCAAGAGGAAAGGCUUUGGUCCAAAGAUGGAUGUAUGCGGAUAAUACUCAAAACUUUGACGAGCUAUGA